GACGGGAAUCGUAAGGACUCACUUUUAGAGGCAGAGGAGAUGCAUCGCGUUUGCACCCCUUAAAUGGCGCAGCACUCACGUUCCGACCUCUCAGAAUGCGGCUGCUGCGCUAUUUAAGGUGGAACGGGACAGUUCGGAUAGGAAGCUGGCUUUUCUCACAGUGGCGCGGCUGUAUUGGCUAAACGACGCGCAGACGGUCGCGCGUGGGGUGAAACACUUCCACGGACAAAGUACUCGGCUGAAACGCGUCGAGACGCCUUUGCCAUGAUGAUCGCCAAUAGCCGUUUCAGGCGUUUUACACAGCCAAUCACAACAGUCCUUCUACCUCAACGUCAUCGGUAGGGGACUUGUGUGUGUCCUUGGCUGGCAUGUGAGCGGACCGUGGGGCGAGUUCGGCUGUUUGACGGGAAUAAGCGGGCCGGACCGCGCUCCGGAUAAACCUCGUCCACGUUUCUUCAGGGUUUUGACCACCAACUGAGAGAAGAUGCCUUUACAUAAGUAUCCUCCACGACUAUGGGAAGCCAUGAAGUUAAAGAAGGGCAUCUACGCUCGUCUGCCGCAGCACUAUCUCCGAGCUCAGCAGGACACCACCCCUCCUACCCCUGUGCACUGGAAACCUCUAGGGGUAAAAUACAGGGUUAACCCCAAAACAGGCCAGCGGGAGCGGGUGCAGGACAUCCCCAUCCCCAUUUAUUACCCACCAGAGUCCCAGGACGGCCUUUGGGGUGGAGAGGGCUGGAUAACCGGAUACAGAUACACCAAUAAUGACAAGCUCUCUGCUAAGGUGAAGAAGAUCUGGAAGCCUCAACUCUUCAAGAAAGAGCUGUACAGUGAAAUCCUCGACCAAAGGUUCACCGUCACAGUCACAGCUCGUGCGCUGGAUCUCAUUGAUGCUGCUUAUGGCUUUGACUUCUAUAUUCUGAAGACACCAAAGCAGGAUUUAAACUCCAAAUUUGGGAUGGACCUAAAACGUGCAAUGCUUCUCCGGCUAGCACGGAAAGACACAGAGCUCUACCCAGAUGAUCCCAAUCAAAGGGAGAAGAUCUACAACAAGUAUAAGCAGUUUGAGAUUCCAGCUGAGGAGGCGGAGUGGGUAGGACUGAGUCUGGAAGAGGCUGUGGAGAAGCAGAGACGUCUGGAGCAUAAGGACCCUGAGCCGCUGUACAAGAGCUGCGUGGACAAACUUGUGAAAGAGCUUGCCAUACAGAAACUGUCAGAGCCCCAGAUUGUGGGAGAGAAAGACUGACGAUAGGAUCCCUGCAGUAACAUCCUUUUGACCGUAUAAAUAAAAUUGUAUUUAUUUGUCUUCGCCUUUUACUUUUGUAUUGAUGGCAGUUACAGUUCACCACUUUUCUGUAAAUAUCUUAACAACUGCUCACACAAUAAAAUCAUCCUCAGAUUCGUCAGAUGAAA